CCAACCUGCCGCUUAAAAGGACGAGGCUUGUGUUUUGAGGGAAGGAGGUGUACGUGUGGGGGUUGUUAUUGGUCUCUUUUGUGUGUUUUGGAGCCGGGGUUUGGGGAGCACGUUGGGGAACCCGCCUGUGAGCAAGGCAGCGCGCGCGUGGGCAGAGAUGUCUGCUGGAAGUCAAGAUGCUCAGAAUGCAAGCAUUCCUAGGGACGAAAGCACUCAGUUGCCUGCAACAAGCCAAGGAUAUGUUCUUCCUGAAGGGAAAAUCAUGCCAAAUACCGUUUUUGUGGGAGGAAUUGAUAUAAGGAUGGAUGAGACGGAAAUUCGGAACUUCUUUGCACGAUAUGGCACAGUUAAAGAAGUGAAAAUAAUCACUGAUCGAACUGGUGUGUCCAAAGGGUAUGGAUUUGUGUCAUUUUUGGACAAUGUAGAUGUACAGAAAAUAGUUGAAUCGCAAAUCAACUUUCAUGGAAAGAAACUUAAACUAGGACCUGCAAUAAGAAAACACCCAAACUUAUGUGCCUAUCAUGUGCCACCCAGACCUGUGCUUAUUAAUUCACCCACACCUCAGUUCCACAGUGUUUGGAAUAACCAAGAAACAUAUAUGCAGCCUCCAGCUAUGAUGAGUCCUGUCACACAGUAUAUUCAGACAUAUCCCUAUGGUUCACCAGCUUUAUUAAUUCAGCAUCAAGUUCCUAUGGGAUACCAGCCAACUUACAAUUAUCAGGUUCCACCCCAAUGGCCUCCUGGAGAGCCAAGAAAUUACAUUGUGCCCCCGGCUUAUACCACAAUGAAUUACGGUAGUGAAAUGGAUGUAGGAACUGACCAGUUGGAGUGUUCUAUGGCUGACACUGCCCAAUCUUGUGCAAAUAGUCCACAAAAGAAAUCUGUGGACCGAAGCAUACAGACAGUAGUAUCAUGUCUGUGUAAUCCAGACAGUCGAUUGAGGAACAGUAUUGUAACUCAAGAGGACUACCUUAAGGAGAAGAGAGCACAUCAUUUUAGAAGAAGCAGAGCUGUUCUUAAAAGUGUUUGAUUUAAUGAGAUUGACUCAGAAGACCUGAAGUACUUCCAUUUGUCAUCCGUUAUCUUUAUCCUACAGUUAAUAUAGAUGACAAACACUUGGCAAUUAUGUACUGUUUUUGGCAAACGUUCCUUGCAAUUAGCAUUUGGUUGUAAUUUCUAUGUUGCCUGUUUCUAGACAUGUUUGA